AUGGCUGCUCUGCAAUACUUGGAAUCGCUGCGCAACGCGCACCCUGAGCUCGCCGAUUGGUACAAUUCGCUGGCGGAUCUGUACCAGAAGAAGCUCUGGCACCAGCUCACCCUUAAGCUCGAACAGUUCGUCGCUCUCGCUGUUUUUCAGGCCGGUGAUGCAUUGAUUCAAUUAUAUCACAAUUUCAUCACAGACUUCGAGACUAAAAUCAACCUUCUGAAGCUUGCACAUUUUGCUGUAAUAGUUUCUCGGCAGUAUUCUGAAAAAGAAGCUGCUGUUGGUUAUCUUGAAGGGGUCAUUGAGAAACUGCAGGCCACUAGAGAGCAGCGCAUAGAAGAACCUAUUCUAUACAUUAAGAUGCAGAUAGCAAUAUUCAAGCUUGAGCAAGGUGACCAAAAGGAAAGCAAGAAACUUCUAGAAGAUGGGAAGACUACACUUGACAGCAUGACAGAUAUUGAUCCAUCUGUAUAUGCUAGCUAUUACUGGGUAUCAUCUCAAUAUUACAAGACCCGCCAAGAAUUUGCUGAGUUCUACAAAAGUGCUCUUCUCUAUUUGGCAUACACAUCAGUAGAGUCUCUUUCAGAAUCAUUCAAGCUGGAUUUAGCAUUUGAUUUGUCCCUUUCUGCCCUACUUGGGGACAACAUCUACAACUUUGGAGAGCUACUUGCCCAUCCAAUAAUCAAGAGCCUUCUAGGGACAAAAGUGGAAUGGCUUUACUAUAUUCUGCAGGCAUUCAAUUCUGGUGAUUUAGUACGAUAUCAAGAAUUAUGUCGGGUGCAUAAUGCUGCUUUAAGAGCCCAACCAGCACUAGUUCAAAAUGAACAAAAGUUGUUGGAAAAGAUCAACAUUCUCUGUCUGAUGGAGAUUAUAUUCAGUCGGCCUUCGGAAAAUCGAACUAUUCCCUUGAGUGUAAUUGCUGAGCGUACAAAACUUUCUAUAGAGAAUGUGGAACAUCUCCUAAUGAAGAGUUUAUCUGUUCAUCUAAUUGAGGGUAUAAUUGAUCAAGUUGAGGGCACAGUGCAUGUUUCCUGGGUGCAACCAAGAGUUCUGGGUAUUCAACAGAUCAAAUCUUUAAGGGAUCGACUGGACAGUUGGACAGGAAAAGUACACACUGCAUUGUUGUCCAUCGAGGCAGAAACACCUGAUCUAAUCGGAUCGUGA